GUUGGCUACUUGUGAAUUAUUUCCCGCCUGUUGUAUUUGUUGUGGCACAAGUUCUUAUUCUGUUGUAAAUGUGUUAGUUUAUAAUUUAAAUAAAAGGCAUAAAAGCUUUUAAUAAAAUAUAUCUAUGUCAUGGCUACCACAGAGACAAUCAAAACCUUCUUUCAAGACGUUAACGUUACACCUUCGGACCCGGUUCUAAAGAAAUGUCUAGAAAUUUGUCAUAAAUAUAAUGUGGACGCCGAAGACUUUGUGGAUCAGUGGUUGGCAUACACUGCUUCCAAUGCAAAUGGGGCCAUACCAACAAUUGAAGAGCUCACCAAAAUGGAACGGAAAGAGUUCCAAAAGCAGAACAAGGAGAGUUUUGUUCCAAAGAAAAAUGUUCAGUCCACACCUUCCAGAAUAAGUAACAUCAUUGAAAAUGAUUUAGAGUCAUCGGCUCUAGUGAAUUCUUAUGGUGGAGGGACACCUAAGAGCAACAAAAAUUUUAACAAUGUUCGGACUCCAGAUCAUCCAAGAAGAUUGCAAAGCACCUCCUUAAAUUUUGAGUCACAGGAAACCACAAAUAUAUACAGUAGCCCAGCACAGACUAAAUCUCAGUCAAACGCAUACAGCCAAAGAUCCGAUUCAAGAGCGGUGUUGUGCACGCAUGGAGACCCGACAGCCACAUACACAAGAACCGACGACAUUCAGUUGUUCGUUCGAAUGUUCGGUGAUGAAGAACACUCGUUGACGUCGAAAUCGAAAUACAUGUACGAAAUAAUGGGCAGCAAAGCCAGAUACUUGAGCAUUAUGACGGAGUGGUUGGGGGACUUCAUGUUGAAAAAGCAUAAUCUCACACUUUCGGAAGGAUCGUUGAAAAGUUUUACGGGACCCAUGACAACAUUCGGAAGGAUCGUUUCGGACUCCGAUGGAAAAAUUAACGUCCAAUCUACGUUGUUGGAAGGAAGUCAGCUUGUGAAUUUCGCCCAUACCGUUUCGUUGAAUCUCAACAAGGUGCCCAAAUAUUCCCUGUUUCCCGGACAAGUCGUGAUGGUUGAAGGCAACAAUGCCCACAAUGGUACAUUCUUCGCCGACAAGAUUAUUUCUGACGCUUUGCCGACUUUACCCCUCGAACCGCCCAACUUUUAUGGUACCAUGCAAAUAAUGAUUGCUUCCGGACCAUUCACCCUACCCAGCAACCUGUCGUACGAGCCCCUGAACGAUCUGUUGAAAUACGCGGCGGAAUACCAGCCGCACUUGCUUAUUCUCCUCGGUCCGUUCCUCGACACAGACCACGAAGGUAUUUUGAACGGACAACUGACUGAUCCUUUCGUAUCCUUCUUCGAAAGCCUCAUUGAAAAUAUAGCCGUUACCCUACAAGAUGUGGACACUCAAGUUGUAAUCGUGGCCUCGUCUAAAGAUGCACAUCACGACCCCGUUUAUCCCACACCUCCUUACUGUACCAGAGGGGCGUAUGAGAAAAUUAGAUUUGUACCGGAUCCGUGCAUGUUGGACGUAAAUGGACUUGUAAUUGGAGCGACUUCUGCUGACGUUUUAUUUGAUAUAAGUAACUUUGAGCUCUAUCAAGAUCGGAAUCCAUCGGGACCGGUGGACAGAUUGGGGAGAUUAGCCUCGCAUCUUUUGCAGCAACAAAGCUUUUAUCCAUUGUACCCUCCCAGUAAAGACAUGUGCAUUGAUCAUGAACUUCUCGAGCAACAUGGCUUCAUCGAAUAUAUUCCGCAUAUUUUGAUUUUGCCAUCAACUUUGAGAUACUUCAUUAAGAAUAUCAGUGGCUGUCUUGUGAUAAACCCAGAAAGAUCUACCAAAGGAUAUGGAGCUGGCACUUUCGCAAAAGUGGAAAUUAAGUCUGGAACAAGUAAUUCUAUUUGCAGCAGAGCUUCAUGCCAAAUAUUACGUGUUUAAAUUAUUUAUUUUGUAAAGUUGCAUUAUAAUAUACGGAUUAAUAUAGAA